AUGUCAGAACAUUAUCAUACUGAUACAAAUGCUUGGAUUUGUUCUUAUUCUGCUUUCUUGUGUAGUCCUUAUUUUAUAUGCAAGCAUUUGGUAAAAAAAUACUUCACUCAACAUCUAUUGUUUUUUUCACAAUUUCUUAAGACAACGCUCCGCCAUGAUUAUCCACUUAUCUCUUUUGGAAUAAGCCUUCAAAGGAUAAACUUGAUUAAUAAUCUGUGGGAUAACACUCAAUAUAGUGAUACUACAGAACCACAGCUUGAAUCAGAUGUAACGAGUAGUCAUAGUCCAAGUAUAAUAGUUUUUGAAUACCAUGUAAUGGUCGAAAACAGAAAAAUGGAACUAAUUUCAGAUAUGAAAGCAUUUGAGACAUUAGUAAAUAUUAUGAAUAAUAAUAUUGAAAAUGAUAGACUUUACGAAACAUAUAAAACCCUUAGGCAGCCUCUUAUCGAUGAGAUUACCACAUGCAACGAAGUCCUAAGAGCCAGAACACAGCAACAAACUUUUAAACCGUUAAAAAAAGAAAAAUUGGCUUUUUGGUUGCAAUAG